UUCAAGCGAUAAACCAAAAAUUUAAUUGUAGUUUUGUUUAAUCUAUUUUUUGUUAACAUAAGAAACAGCAAAAUAUUGAAACGACCAACGAAUUGACUGUUUUUGGAUUUAUAAAAGUUCAUUUUAUUGAGACGAGCGUAACUUAUUUCUGCAAAUAAAUAAUUAAUAGUUGACAUUUUUAUACCGCAAGUUGUGAAUUUUUGAACGUCUUGUAGCCUCUAGGACGCAAUGAUUUCAGUGACGUUCACAUUUUCCUUCAUAGUUCCGCACCUACUCGCGCUUCUCAACUUCACCGAAGCCAGCGGAAUUUUACUGAUUCCUAUUCCUGUGAACAGUCACGUGGGCUCGUUGAAUGUGAUUGGAUGGGCACUGGCCAAACGUGGACAUCACGUGCACAUGCUGCUUGACGUCAGCUUCAAAGCCCCUCCUGGUUGGCCAAACUUCGGAGUAACCUAUCAUCGCUAUGGCGGCAAAAGUAGCGAGGUGAUGAAUAUCGAGAAAUUCAAUCAGGAUAUGACGAUGAAUUUCAUGGAUCACGAUCCCAAAAUGAGCUACGUAUUGGAGCAAUCGCAAAUAGUAAACUCCGUUCUUCAUAGAGAACUACUUACCGAUAACGACGAACUAAUCGAUAAGUUGAAGUCGUUGAAACUUGACAUCGCAGUGGUCGACUGCCUGCCGAUGAUAAACUACUUUUACUUGAUACCUCACAAGCUAGGCAUUCCCUGGAUAACUUACACGGACGCGUUAGAUCCCUCGAUGGUUCCAACUCCCUGGUUACCUUCCUUUUAUACUCCCAUUCUGGCCGGCAAGUCACUGAACGCCAGUGUAUUCGUCAACAGAUUGUACAACGUAGCCCUGAUGGUCUGGCAGAUGAUCACAUCACCCUUCGAUAUGCCAAUCUCAGACAAGUUACUCGACGAAUACAGAAAGUUUAAAGAUUUCCGUAACUUGAACGAGUUGGUCAGAAAAUCGGCAAUGUUCUUCACAACGCACAAUCUGGCAAUGGAUAAAAUUAUGCCGCACACCGCUAACGUCGCUCACGUCGGUGGUUUGACUAUUGAAAUAAUUUCGUCAUCUUCGUCGUCACCCUCUUCUUCCUCCUCAUCACCAUCAACAAUGUCCAAAUAUGAGUCAUUUCUGAGUGCAGAAGGGAGCGACGGUGCGGUCCUUGUCUCGUUCGGCUCCCUCGUAUCGUCAUUUCCGGAUCGAUACACCAAACUUUUUUUAGAUGUUUUCAGCCAAUUUCCAAAACUCAGAUUUAUAUGGAAGACCAACGGUACGGAGCCACAUUCAAAAUUACCGCCGAACGUUCUCAUAUCUGAUUGGCUGCCGCAAAACCAAUUGCUGAGCAGGAAGGAAGUAGUUCUGUUCAUAACUCAUGGAGGAAAUAACGGACAGUUCGAAGCCCUAUAUCACGGGGUCCCCAUGUUGACGAUACCUUUGUUUGGUGACCAGCCAAAAAAUGCACAGAGAAUUGUCGAAAAACAUUUCGGUGAAAUGUUGGAUUUUAGAAAGUUGUCCGUUGAAGAGAUGACGAAGAAGAUACGCAUGAUCAUUGAAGAUCCGACCUAUAAGAGCAACAUAACAAAAGCCUCAGAGAUCUUUCGCUCGCAGCCCCAAUCGGCAUCAGAGCGGGCAGCCUACUGGACCGAACACGUGAUCAAAUACGGCUGUGACCAUCUUCAACCACCCGGCAAAGAACUCUUCACGUUUCAGUAUUUGUUGCUAGAUGUCAUUUUACUCAUCUCAUUUGUCAUUUUCUUUGUUUUGUACAUUCUCUACGGCGUCUGGAGGAUUCUUGUGGAUUGUUGGAAAGGAAGAAAUUCGACUCUUGGUAGAGGAGAGGUGGAUGAUGAUGGCGGUCAUAGUCAUUGUGCCAGCUGUCGUGGCAUCUACAAAAAGGUGGAAUAAGAAAUUGUUCUAUCUGAAUGAAUGCGGUAUUAAUGCUAAUGAUGAUUGAAUAAAUUUGAAAGACACGAUGAAGGGUUGAGAGUAAAGUGAAUUACGACCGUGUACAAAUUACGAAUAUAAAUAUAUUUUAAUGGAGUGACUUAUUAAAUAUUUUGAUAUCAAACUGUAAAUAGUGUUAGAAAUAAUGACAAAGAUGACAAAACUGCCUUAGUGAUGAUCUGUUAUAUUUUGUCAGCAACUGCUAAUUAAUUAUUUAUUAUAACACGACAUUUUUAUCACUAUAAAUCAUACACUUUCUUAACUAAUCGCAAUGAAUCAACUUACUGAAUUAUUUAAAUGAAGUUAUUUAUUUAUUAAAAUUAUAAAUGUUUUUGAUAUGUCAUCUAUCUUUUGGCAUUUGUUUACGCAAUUUAUAAAUACCAUUAUGUGAGUUAUAAAAAGUU